UGUAGAUACUGUUGCUUGGCAUGCACUGUCUAUGUAUUCUUUUAUCUGUGGAUCCAUGCUUGAUGACGAAUUUCUGGAGCUUCCUAUUCUUCUUUCAGAUUCUAUUUUUGGGGCUUAUAUUGCUCAUAUGUCAUUAUCAUAUGAAGCAGCAUCUUCACAUAUGAUUCCCCUUUCAAUCAGCUUCUUGUUUUGGCAUUGGCCUCUCGUGAGUAAUUCUGCAGAUCGUGGCGUGGGUGUACCACCUCACUUUUCGAUCACGUGA